GCAACUGACCCGGAGGCAUGGCGGCUUGAGAGGAGGUUUCGAAGCGGAGGCCUUCGUUGCCGGAAAGGAGCAGAUAUAAAAGGCGGAACACCUUAUGCACCGAAGUCAGAAGUAUCUCCUGAAGCAGACCGCUACACGAACGCACGUCCCCCAACAGGUUACCAUGCUCAGCAGCAGGACAAUACUCGUGGCCCUCGUGGUCCUCGCUCUGGUCUUCGUCCUGGCCUCCGCCCAGUUCGGUCGCGGUGGUUUCGGUGGUGGCCGUGGAUUCGGCGGCGGCGGCUUCGGUCGCGGUGGCUUCGGCGGCGGCCGUGGAUUCGGUGGUGGCCGUGGAUUUGGCGGUGGAUUUGGACGAGGCUUCGGUGGAUUCCGCGGCUGAAGUGUGCUGUGAUAUUGAGAGCGGGUGGACAUUGUUCUGACGAAUACCAAACUGAUCAGCAGAGUGGAAUUGGAAGAUCACCAGUGAGCCGAACGAAAGCUGGAUUCAUCGUGCUUUGUUCCAUCGAAGGAAUGGCGGGACCUCCUGUGUCCACGCUUGCAUUACCGACCAAAUUGCUCAUCAGGCCAAAUCUGGAUUGAUAAUGCUCAUUUUUUUUUGUUUCUAGCACAACCUGUAAAUAAAAACCUUAAACCUGA